CACUGGCCGGCUAGCGUAAACAAUCGAAAACAAUUUUACAACUGCUGCUGCUGUUUGCUGUGUGUCUUGUAGCGUCAUGCGUGCUGCCGUAGUGCUGCUAGCGGCGUGUGCCACCCUAGCGGCGGCCCAGUUCAACACCCACCAGUGGGCCGACCGCAGCGGCAUCGUGCAUCUGUUCGAGUGGAAAUGGGACGACAUUGCGGCGGAGUGCGAGAACUUCCUGGCGCCGCGCGGUUACGCCGGCGUGCAGGUGUCGCCGCCGACCGAGAACGCCGUCAUCGGCGGUAACUUCCGGCGCCCCUGGUGGGAACGGUAUCAGCCGAUGUCCUACCGGCUGGAGACGCGGUCCGGCUCGGAGGCCCAGUUCGCGAGCAUGGUGCGCCGGUGCAACGAUGUCGGCGUGCGCAUCUACGUCGAUCUGGUCAUCAACCACAUGGCGGAUCUGGUGGGCGGUGGCGGUACGGCGGGCAGCACGGCCAACCGGCCGAACUUCUCCUUCCCGGGCGUGCCGUUCAGCGUGACGGACUUCAAUCCGCCCUGCAUCAUCACGAACUACAACGAUCCGAUCAUGGUGCGCAACUGCCAGCUGGUGAGCCUGCCCGACCUGAACCAGGGCGUGCCGUGGGUGCGCGACAAGAUCGUCGAGCUGAUGAACCACCUGAUCGGGCUGGGUGUGGCCGGGUUCCGGGUCGACGCGGUCAAGCACAUGUGGCCCGGCGAUCUGCAGGCCAUCUACAGCCGGAUGGCCAAUCUGCCAACGUCGCACGGCUUCCCGCCGAACGCACGGCCCUUCCUGACGCAGGAGGUGAUCGAUCUGGGCGGCGAGGCGGUGACGCGCGACGAGUACACGCACCUCGGCACCAUCACCGAGUUCCGCCAUUCGGCCGAGAUUGGGCGCGUGUUCCGGGGACGCAACCCGUUCCGGCACCUGACGAACUGGGGCACCGGCUGGGGCUUCCUGCCGUCCCAUCUCGCACUCGUGUUCAUUGACAACCACGACAACCAGCGCGGCCACGGUGGCGGUGGCUCGGACGUGCUGACGUACAAGGUGCCGCGCAACUACAAGAUGGCGACCGCGUUCAUGCUGGCCCAUCCGUUCGGCAUCGUGCGCGUGAUGAGCUCGUUCUCGUUCAGCGACUCGGAGCAGGGGCCGCCGCAGGACGCGAACGGCAACCUGCUGUCGCCGACCUUCAAUCCGGACAACUCGUGCGGCCCGGGCUGGGUGUGCGAGCACCGGUGGCGCCAGAUCUACAACAUGAUCGGGUUCCGGAAUGCCGUCGCCGGCACGCAGAUCAACGACUGGUGGGACAACGGCAACUACCAGAUGGCGUUCUGCCGCGGGGCCCGCGGCUUCAUCGCGUUCAAUCUCGAGUCGUUCGAUCUGAACCAGAGCCUGCAGACGUGCCUGCCGGCCGGCACGUACUGCGAUGUGAUUUCGGGCGACCUGGUCAACGGUGCGUGCACGGGCAACACCAUCACGGUCGGUGGGGACGGACGGGCGCAGAUUGUGCUACCCGCCAACGCGUACGACGGUGUGCUGGCCAUUCACAUCAACUCGCGCGUCUGAGUCAGGGAGAGGUUUGUGUAGAGUUUAUGAAUAAAAUUAAUCGAAAUGCUUUACUCGCUUAGCUUAACAUGCAAA